AAACAUCAAAAAUGACAUGAAAAAGAUUAAAAAUACGCCUCGGCCUCAGUCGCAGUGGCAAAUUUUUUAGUGAAUAUUAUUUGUGAAUUUCGCCUGGAAAACCCCGCAAAUAACCGAUGGAUCUGAAACAAAUCGACGAGGAAGCCCGACAGGCGGCGAUUAAGGAAAUAAAGAACAUGUUCCAACGCCCAGGGCAACUAGAAAAAGUGGACCAAUAUCGGCACCGAGUCUACCGGAAGAAGGUAUCGAUUGAGGCGAUGCUUAAAACCUGCAUGCAGAAUCAGACGGAUGAUGUCAAGGUUGGUGUGAAGAAACUGGUGUCGGCGCUAGAGGACAUUGGGGAAAUCGAUGGGCAGAUGAAGGGGGCUAUUUCGCAGCUGACGGACGUUCCGGCAAUAUACGAUGCGUUGGAAGCUGUCCGAGACGAGAACGCCAAGCACUCGCAGUACAUGACGGCGAUGGAGAAUCUCAAGCAUAUCUUUACCGUUCAGUCGAGCGUGGCGAAAACGAUGCAAUGGAUCGAGGAAGACAAGCUGCUGCACGCCCACCAGUGCUUGUCCGAUUUGGAGAAUUCCCGGGACGAUUUGCUGUUUGAGUUGCACAAGUUGCCGAAACAAAAUGCCCACGAUAAGAUCACCCUCAAACGAUACUUUGAAAAGGUGGAAACCGUAUCGGCAACCCUGGAAAAGAAGAUCCGCCUAAUCCUGCAGCGUACGUUGAACACGGUCCGGAAGGAACCAACGGUGAUCGUAACUGCUCUUCGAAUCAUUGAGCGUGAAGAAAAGGCAGACGCCUUUGCCCUGCAGCAGCAGAAACAGACGGGAUUCAUUCCCCCUGGACGUCCGAAAGAGUGGCGCAAAAAGGCCCUUCAGGUUUUGAACGAGGCCGUGGUUCAGCGUAUCGAGGGUUCCAAACUGGAGGAACGAUCAGACAACAAGCUGUGGCUGGUGCGAGAUUUGGAGCUUACGCGGCAGUUCAUCUUGGAGGAUUUACGGGUGGUGAAGUCGCUGUGCGUUCCGUGUUUUCCGCCGCACUACAACAUUUUGAAGGAGUACGUGAGCAUGUACCACAACGCACUGUCGAAAUAUCUUGAAGAACUGAUCCAAAUGGGCCUGGAAGGAAACGAGUUCGUUACAAUCUUGUCAUGGAUUAUGAACACCUACCCGGGUAGGGAGCUGAUGCAGCAUCCAGAUCUGCUAAUUGAACUCUCCGACGUAGGCCCGCUCGUCAGCAACGAGGUUCUCAAGGAAAUGGAAUCGGCCUAUUUGAAAACGAUGGAACGAAACUACCAGGACUGGAUGACCAAAACGCUGGAAACAGAAAAGGCCGACUGGAUCAAUGGGGUUCCGGCGGAUUCUGCCGAUCAGUACUACCACACUUCGGCGCCGGUCAUCAUCUUCCAGAUGAUCGAUCAGAACCUUCAGGUCACCAACACAAUACAUUCCGAUUUGACUUUUAAUGCGUUGAUUUUGAGCAUCCAGCAGGUGAUCAAGUACGGUCACAACUAUCGCGGCGCAAUAAUCGAGUAUAAGGAACGUCACUUCCGAGACCGCAGCCAGGCUCCAUUCUUCACGCAGCACAUAAUCACAAUCGUCAACAACUGCGCCCAGAUGAAGGAGCUGGCCCAACAAAUGAAGCAACUGUACUGGCCCAAAUCGAAAACCAUGCACUACGAAGAGUUCGAGCGGUUGCUAAACACGUAUCAAGCUCUGCGGGAUGAAGCGGGACUAUUUCUGCUGGAAGAGGCAUUCUUGGAUUUGGAAAUACAUUUCAACGAACUCUUCACACUGAAGUGGGUCGGAACAACGGUGUCCGUCGACACGAUCUGUGUCACUCUGGAGGAUUACUUCCAGGAUUACAAUCAUCUUCGCUCAGUCAACUUCGAGUACGUCAUCAACGAGGCCCAACGGUUGGUAGCCAAGCGAUACAUCAAGGCGAUGCUCUCCAAGCGACUCAGCAAACCACGGCAAGAGUGCGAAAUCAUGGCCAAAAAGGUCAUCAAAGAAGCCAAACAGAUCAAGAUGUUCUUCGAAAAGGUGGCCCCCAAUGUGGCCAAAAACGAUUCUCCGAUCGAUGUGAUCUCUAAUUUGGCGAACCUGCUGACGUGCGAUGCGGAAAUGUUGAUUCUGGACUUGCACACGCUGUUGUCGAGCUAUCCGUCGCUGACCGAGGACCACGUGGUGCGGCUGUUCUACAUGCGAAACGAUUUCAAGGCCAGCGAAGUGAAGGAGAAGGUACACGAUGCGAUUGUGUCCAAGAAGGUAACCGUCAGUCACGACAAGCAGGACAGUAUUUUCAAGGAGAUUGUGUUCUCUGAUAAGUUGUGGUAAGGCGUGAUAUUCAACAAUAUUGUGUUAUUUAUUCCAUUUGAUAUAAAGUAUAUAUUAUCUGCACGUACAAUA